AUGGGAAGCUUCACUCGGGAUGUGUACUACCUAUCCACGAUUAGAUUAAUUAAGAACGUUCCUCUCAACAAGGCAUUUCAUGUAUCCUGGCAUGAUGAUGAGGAAACACUGCAUGAACUACUCACAACAUUUUGGGUCUUAGAGAAAAUACAUUCAAACGAAAAACCCAAGCUCACACCAGAAGAGCAAGAGUGUGAGGAACAUUACAAGAACAAUUACUUUCGCAUGUCAAAUGGACGAUACAUAAUACGCAUUCCACUCAAUGCCCCCGCGAUUGUUCUUAGGGAGACGCACGAAACCGAGCAUCGCAUGUUACAGAGCCUGGUGAGAAAAUUCUCAAAGGCAGAAAAUUAUCAACAACAAUAUCAACAAUUCAUGAUAGAAUAUAAGAAUCUUGACCACAUGAGACAAGCACCUCAAAUUCCCAAUCAUCAAAUUCAAUACUAUCUGCCACACCACGGUGUACUCAAACAUGACAACACUACUACCAAAUUAAGAGUGGUAUUCAAUGGUUCCUGCCAUCAACAGCUGACGCAAGAGACGCUAUGCCUUAAGCACAUUGUCACACAAGGACAACAACAGAUCGACUAA